GUUCUAUUCCACCAGACCAGUGAUCGCACAAAAUAGCGGGGCACUCCUGUGCUCCACACAGACACAGACGGUGACAGAGGGACUGACACACAUAUAGCCAGGUACCCUUUGAAUAUCCGCUUCAAAUAUCUACAAUUUGGAAAAAGGCUACUGGAAUCUCAUUAUUCAAAGUCUGCCUCUUCUGACCGUCUGCAGCCUCAUCCUGACAAGCCAGCCGAGGAUAUACGCAUUUAUUAUUAUAGAUUAGCACCAGCCGACUGACCACAGGAGACAGACGCUGGACACGUCUCCUCAACAUCCUGUGACCACUUGCCUCAAAGCGGCGCUGGACUAUUUUCAGAAAACAUUUUCUGCCCACAAAGUUUGCCGGGGAUAAGUGCUUGGGGGUCCCGCUCCUUAUCGACCUCAGCCUAGUGCCAGGCCCCACCAGCUCUCCAGUCCACACCUCAACAGUGGUCCUCAUCCAUGGAGAAGGUACAGCACCUGACCCGCAACGCCAUGCGCCGGGCCUCCCAGGCCAUGGAGGUACCCCCGCAGGCCAGGCGGAACCUGCAGGAGCUUUUUGUGAACUUCUGCCUCAUCCUCAUCUGUCUGCUGCUCAUGUACAUCAUCGUACUCCUUGUAAGAGGAAUGUAGCCGGACAUUCUCCAGAAAGGUGGACCGUCAACAGGCCCAAGGACAAGAAGGCAUGACUGAAUUCAUCUGUUUGCUCUAUCAUCCAUCCAUCAAUCCAGUUACAGCGCCAAAGGGUCAAGGGGAGACAGCGAGUACAAUAUUUAAAACCCAAUGACCAAAUGUAUCCCAUUACCUAUGAGCUGCUCCUUUUUGGCUCUUUUGGGCACUAAAACCCAUUUAUUGUAUCCAAUUAAAAACCUUGCAAGAAGUGCAGUGUUAAGUAGUGUACUUACUAGAGAUUGCCGGUUUAAUGUGACUUCGGACGACCACUACGUUUGAUAAAUUGAAAUUGGCAGAAAGGAGGGAAUAGCAAAUACCACUAGUAGCCACACAAAGUCCGAAAGAAAACCAGCCACUGCAUUCUCUUCUCUGAAUGGGCAACAUUUUAAGAUUAAGAUAGAAUAUAUAAACAUAAAUUAAAAACAAUGUGGGAUAUCCAACACCAAGUUGAUAUAUUUUUUGAAAAAAGGUUGUUUGAAUAAAUUAUUCAUCCCUAUAAAUAUAUCUUUACUCAUUCAGUAAAUAGGAUCGGCCCCUUAUUUUCAUGAAUGACUAAUCAAACAAUAGUGUUUGGGAUUCAUCAUUAUCAUAUUUUCAUAUAUAAAAGUCAAAUUACAAAUCACAUUACCAAAACCCAACGUAAUGUCCUAGGAUUUCUUCGUCUGAUGAACAGCCAAGAUAAACUUAUUAUUAUGCAUGACAAUGGUUUAUUUUCACAACUAUAGCAAGCUUCAAUUGGUUUCAAUUGAAGCGUUACCCCUUCAGUUUUUACCCAUCACCAGGUCCCUUCACCUUCCCCCCUUUACUUCGAUCUUACUCCCAGAUUUGCUGCUCAUCAUUGCAUGUCUUAGCUUACCUGGUUCAAUUCGCCCUCCUGCCGUAGUCUCUCUCUGUGCUGGUGCUCUUGUUGCCAUGCCAAUAGCAAACUGCUCUCUGCUCCGCCUUCCACCUCUGGUCCAACCUUGCCCAACUCUGAGCCGGGCCUGUACUCCAUCUGCUCACUCAGCCACAUCUGAGUUCUGAUGGCUGGCUGAAUGGGAGAGCCGCCCACCGCCGGCUGGGCAAAGGACAGGCCUCUCUGAUUGGUGAAGCCGUGGCCAGGACCACCUGGCCCCAGCCUGCUCUCAGGUAAGGCACUGUAGUUCAGGUCGAGGCUCCGGGGCUUGAGGGGAGACGACAGGGCGGACGAGCGAGACGAUUCCGUUCCUUGUCCGACGCCGCUGGGUCUCCCGCCACGGUCGUACCACAAGUGUGGGUCGGCGGCACCGGGCGAGCGCAGCAGGGGGUUGAAGUGAGACGACGUAGAGAGAUACGCGUCCAUGUUCGCUUGACCGAUAGAGUCGUGCCGGUACCCGUGUAGGAGUUUUCUGUCCAGAGACCCGUGGGGAUCCGGUUUGCAGCGGCUGCCCAAGCCCUUGCCGGCGCUUCUCUCGGUCCCCGCCGAGAGCCGGGUCAGAGACGACCACCUCCUGAUGGGCUGGGGGUCCUUCAUGUCCAGUGACCCCGGCAGGUCUGACCGAGAGGAGGCGGCUGGCGUCGACAGCUGACAGAGGCUGCUCCAGGGACUGGCGCCACCGGGUGAGGUCGCCACGCUGAGCUUGGCCGAACCCGAGGAGGAUGGGGAGGGUGAGGGGAGGACGUGUGCUGUGGGAAGGGUACCACUGGAACUCCCUCCUGGGGCAGAGCGAUGGUGGACUAGUGGGUGGAAGGACAACGGAGUGGUGCUGGAGCUGGAAUGGUCUGGAAGACAAAAUAAUGUACAUUAGAAAUUAAUGAAGUGGAUCAAUAGUAUAAACACAAAAUAUCAGUGUAGUAAACUCUUUAUUAGAACAAUAUUUUUAGAUAAGGAACAGUUAAAGCAGUUAGCCUCCAAUUUUGAAAAAGGCCCAAGGGUUAGGGUUGCACUGCAGUCAAAAAGGUUAAACAAACAAGUUUAAAGAUAAAGCAUUACAAAUGAUUAUUCUUCAUUCACAAAAAUGACGUAUUCUAGUGCCAUGUGUACAAAUACAAUCUGUCUGAGUUAGGUAUUUCCAAAAAAUUAGAACAAUUAUUACUUUAAUUUGAUUGUAAAAUAGAUUGUUUGCUAGGAAAAAAGGAUGCACUGAGGGCGCACUCACACUAGGCCAUCUGUAACCGUGCCCAAGUCCGUUUGACACCUGUACCGUACUCAAGUACGAAAAAACAUUCAGGAGUAGGUAAAUUAUUCUAAAGAGGUCUAGACUCCCUGAGCAGCCCUGCCUUCUCCAGUGAACCAAGAAAGCUUGUUUGCACUGGGCAAUGAAAUUCUUAAUUUGCAAGUUCCCUUCACACAAAAUAUGCUUAAAAUAAAAUAGAUAAAAAACUAAACUACAAAAAAAUAAAAUAAAUAGGGAUGUGCUUGAUUAAUCGAUGAUCGAUCAUUAAGAACUUUGCCGAUCAAGUGAUAUUUUUAUCGUUCAAAAUGAGGUUGUGUUGCAUAGGGUGAGGGCGGCAUAGCCAAGACGUUGCUUGGCUGUUUAACACAGAUUUUGUCUUUUUUUAUGGUUUUGCGUGUUUAAGAACGCAUUGUUCGGCUUUCACGAACGCCGCAUUGGACUAUAGCCCGGCCAUAAGGCCUAUAUUUAUUUAUUUUAAAAAUAAACAGUUGUAGGUCUACAUGUUAACUGUCUUGUAUGGUUGUUAGCCUAUAAAUACCUAUAAAUAUGGAACAAGGAUUUCAUUGAGAAAGAUAUGGGAAUUUUUUAUAUAGCCUGUAGAAAAUAACGAUUAAAUCGAUAAUUGAUCGUUAAUUUUAUCGAUGAUCGAUCAAAGAUCGAUAAAAUGCCCAUCCCAACUCAAUAACUUAAGGGUGUCAAGUAUUUAUUCACUCAUUGUAUUUUAUUCAUCCACCAAAAAGCUAAUGUAUUUGGUAUAUAUUCUACAUUAUAAACUUCGUGAUUAAGAUGUCUGGUUCCGUUUCCAGAAUAAGUGAAGGCAUACCAAAAUACAGACUUCAUAAUAUUAAACUAUAAUAACCAUUCAUGUGCAAUCUCUGAACAACCUGCCAACCAUUUAACAACCUGUAUUGCGAUAGUUGUGACAUUUUGAUGUGUAGCAAGAGAUACCAUUUCUGUGAUCUUUUUUUAUUGCGAAAGCAAUAUUCAUUUUUGCUCUGAAUCACACAUUACUACAUACAGUAGACAACGCUGAACUUUAACUUCCCAUUCAAAUGAGGCUGGAUUGCCAAAGCACAAGUUAGCACACUCACACCAAACUUUUCCACAUGUUUUACCCACACAAGGCAUUAUGGAGUAAUUGUACUUAACGCGUGAUCCCAUCCACGGGUGUAUGCACAUGUCUGAUUAAAACAGUGUGGGUAAAUGAGAGGGCCUAUGUGUGUUGUUAAUGCAUGACCUGUACUUAAGGAUUCAAACCAAUUGUGCCUCAAACCUUUUGCGGGACAAGAUGAAAGCUCCCAAAUAAGUGACUACCGAUUCUUUGAUCACACACGGCAACGAUGACGGAACGGACACAGUCCUGAAUAAACGUUGAAUAAACCUAACGUAUAACAGAGACCGUGUCCAGGAAUUGUCAAAAGGUGUUUUAAAAGUGUGGAUUAGUAGAAGGUUGGAGUUAGGAUUGUCCCUGUCAAUUACUUUGAGAAAUGUAGGAUAGUGCAACUGACCAGAAAUACCCAAAAUAAUUAAAUAAAAAAAAGGUAAAAUACUAAAUAUCUACCAAUUGAGGCAAAUUAUACAACUCAAAAGUAUAAUAAAGAAAAACAAUGCAAAGCUAAAUUGUUUUUACAAUUUGCCCAAGAGAUCUGGGCUACAAGUGUACUAGCUGAAUCGUAAAAUUCUGGUCAGGGGUUAUAACAAGAGAGGAUAUUGCAUCACCAGGGACCAGCUGCAAACUGGGCUUUGAUAAGUUUCCACACAGCACGCCCGCUGAGCUGGCAUUAUAGACACUCGAGCUGUUGUCAUGAUUCUUGUCACUUUUGCCGUAGCACAUAAAUUAGAGGUCAACCAAGGUGGCUGGGGACACAAAUGCUACGCAGUGGAAGGGAACGUGUCCCAUGUGAACAGCACCCAAAUAAUAAACAAGCAGUUACAUUUUGACGCAGAUGAAGAUCCAAUGAUUCAUUCCUCACAGAUUUGUGUACUCGGUUUGUACUUAGCUCCUUUUAUAUAACAGCUCUACACAAGUGUGGUACACAAGGGACAAGUGUAUGGUGCCGCCACUCAUUCAACUACACAAAGCAGGAACACAUUUUAGUACAAUGGUCAUUAGUGAGUGUUUAAUUUGAUGUUAAUCUGUCAGUAGGCUAACUGUUCAAUACUUACUGAUGGACAUUGUACAUUUACAUGUAAAUUGAGGUCAUUUAGCAGAACCUUUUAUCCAAAGCGACUUACAAUAAGUACAUUUGUCAUAACAAAACUUGAAUAUUUAUGUUAACAAAAUAAAACAAUUCUGAGACCACAAUGUAAUUCUGCAUAUUUUAAGAAUUCACAGAUAAAACACCCCCACCAAAAUUGUACAUUCCCCCGGGAACACCCCUACAAAAUGCAAUGGUAGUUCUAGUCCUCACUCGUGGUGAGGGAUAAUAAGGUCGGGUGAUUUAACGGUAAAUUAAUUAAGAAAUGUCUGCCUGAAAGCGCAGAUAUUUGGUAGAUCAGAUGCUACGUUGCAGUUGACCAAGUUAGUCCGAGCAAUCAUCAGAUGCUUUUUUGAAGGUAGAUGACAUUUUGGAAGGUUAAAACUAGAGAGA